AAUUACAACACGGUGCAUUUGGGGGUUGGGGUUUUCGCGAACUAACGUUGGGCGGAGAUAGCUGGAGAACCAGGUGGGACGUUUAAGUCUAAUCUGUCCGACGAAAUUUGAAGUUCAAUCCGCAGCGGAAAGAUGGAGAUGGAGAUGACGUAACUGCAGCAGGCGACGCCAUCUUCGCUACUGAUCAGCCGCGAGUUAAGUGAAAAGGUGGAGUCUUUGAGCUUUCGCACGCUUCCCUCCUUUGCAGUUACAGAAGUGUCCGGCUGACUCAGAGGCCCUCCUCAGCCUGGAUCGGCGCUCGCUCCCCAGGUUGUUUUGGCUGGAUUUGGAUUGUGCUCUUUAGGAUACGAUGGAUAAAGCGGUGAAUGACGGUCUCAUGGACAAACCAACAACAUAUGGGCAGUUCUAUCACGACACAGGGCAGCCUGGCCAGGAAAACAUUCAUCCUGUAUCUCAAUCAUUUCCUCUGGGAGUUGCAAGCACUCAUGUAGAACAUCUUGAGAUAAGUACUUCCGUAGCUAAACCUGUUCUCAAUUAUUCCAUACAGACGGGUGAGGAGUUUGCGCUUGAAUUUAUGCGUGAUCGAGUAAAUACCCGGAAACCUUUUGUUGAAAAUGCAGUAGGUGAUUCCAAUUCAACGUGUUACCUGGAACUAAAGGGCAUUUUAGGCAUCAGCCACACAGGUUCAGAAAGUGGAUCCGACAUUUCAAAGACUAACAUCACCGCGAAAGGUCCUAGAGAGCUCGAGAGGAACUCCUAUCUUCAUGAGGGUUCAAGUACUCAUCCCUCAAUUACAUCAGUUCCUCGAAUAUCAAGCUGUGCAAGUGCACAGCAGUUCAUCCCAAGGAGCACCUCUUCAGGUGCCUCUGAUAGCUCAUCGAUGAGUAUGAAGGUCCUAUGCAGCUUCGGCGGUAAAAUUCUGCCUCGUCCAAGUGAUGGAAAGCUCAGGUAUGUUGGGGGGGAUACACGAAUCGUACGCAUAGGGAAGGACAUUUCGUGGCAGGAGCUUGUGGAAAAAAUGCUGACAAUUUAUGGCCAAGCUCAUGUUAUAAAGUAUCAGCUCCCUGGAGAAGACCUGGAUGCCUUGGUCUCUGUAUCUUCUGAUGAAGAUCUGCUGAACAUGAUGGAGGAGUGUAAGGAGCUAGAUUUUAGAGAUGGCUCAGAUAAGCUUAGGAUUUUCCUUUUCUCCAUGAGUGAUUUGGAAGAUGUUGACUUGGGUCUCGGGAGUACAAAUGGUGAUUCUGAGAUGCAGUAUGUAGUUGCUGUGAAUGGAAUGGAUAUUGGUUUGAGAAAAAGCUCAAUGCUUCAUGGUUUUGCUAGCUCUUCAACGAAUAAUUUAGAUGAUUUGGAUGAACAGAAUAUCGAAGCAGAGGUUAAUGCAACUGGAGUCAGUGUUUCUCCUUUGGCUGGAAUCAUUGUUUCACCAUCACAAAUUCUGUCUUCAGCGGUUCUAAGUGAGUCCUCCUAUGCCGGUCAAAAUGUUUCCCAGUUCUACAAUGGCCAGAUUUUGCAAAAUGGAGAUACAAAGCAGUACUACUUGCCCUAUGGGCAUGACCAGUCAACUUGCUCUUUUUAAGAAACUUUCACUACAGUGCCGUUUCAUGUUCUUAUGAAUCAGCAGGGAGGUUUGAUGGAAAUGCAUCAGCAGGAUAGCUUGCGUAAGGUGAACUCCGAGUUAUCAUUAAGGGAGGAGAAACCAAAAAAUGAAAACUUUGUCCAGCAAGAGGGUGACCCUAACGAAACAUCUACCUUGAAGAAAGAUCAUUCUGUUGUUUCACAGUCAUUCGAGAUUGAUGAGACGGGAUACUUGCGGAUUAACAAAUUAUCGGCAGCAAUAGGUGCAACUGAGAAGGAUCCUGAAGAGGUUUCCAUGUCUGUUGAUGCUGUUCUAACUUCAAGGCAGGUUCCCAAUAUCAGUAACUAUGACAACUGUUCCACAGCAAGUACUGUUAUUGCUCCAGAUGAAGGUAACUCUCUAUCCAUUCCGAAUGGUUUGGGAAAUGUUGAGACGACUGUUCUUCCUCCGAGGGUUUAUUGCUCUGAGAGGAUUCCUCGUGAACAAGCAGAGUUACUUAGUCGGUUUUCUAAGUCAGAUGAAUCACUUGGUUCUCAGUUUAUGGUAUCUCAUUUGCGUUUGAACCUUGCACAGCCUGGUCCAAGUGCAGAAGUCAAUGGCAAUUUGCAGAGAAAACAAAUGCCUUCCGAUGUUGAAAUAGAACAGUCCAUUUCCAGUGAAAAUCCUCCAUGUCCAGAACCUCAGACAAUUACUGAUGGACUUGCACAACUUGAGCCGUAUAGAGAAUUUGCAAAUGGUAUAGCUCAAAUAACUUCAAGAGCCACAGACUAUGGGCUGGACAGUGAACUUAGGUUGCCAGAGGCAUCCUUUGGUGAUGAUAAAGGCGUUACAAAAGAGACUACCACUCUCAACAUUAAUCACGCAAAGAAUGCUCAUUUAGAUGAUCACAAGCAAUUCCCAGUUGUUGAGACUGUCGAAGCUGGAUCUGAAGUAAUUUACACUAGUUAUAAUGACGAUGGCAUAUCUGUUCUUCCCGAGCAUAAGUUGAAACCAAAGGAAGGAGACAUUCUCAUUGACAUUGAUGAGCGGUUUCCUCGUGAUGUCCUUUCCGACAUUUUUGCCCAAGCGAUAUUUUCUGAAGAUUCAUUUGACUACACUCAGCUGCAUAAAGAUGGGGCUGGUGUGAGCUUGAACAUGGAAAAUCAUGAACCUAAGCGUUGGUCAUACUUCCAGAAGUUGGCCCAUGUUGAAUGUAGGAGAAAUGAUAUUUCUCUUAUAGACCAGGAUCAUCCUGUUUUCCCUUAUGAUGUUGGAAAGGCUCGACAGGGUGAUGAUAGAUCUCAUCACUUGACACAGAUAAGACCAGAUGAAGAUCCCAUGGCCAAAGUUAAUUCCCCCGUCAUUUGUGCUCAGAAUGGCCCUGAAGAAUCACCCGAAGUUUCUGGUACCGACACAUCUGCUUUGCACAUGGAAUUUGGUCAUUCCCAACUCAAGAAUUGUGAAGGGUUGCAAUUUGAUUCCGUUGCUGAGAAUUUGAAGAUACCUGAAUCAGAAUAUGAGGGUCAAAUAGAGUUAAGAAGUACGGGUCUGCCGCCUCUAGAUCCUUCUUCUUUGGGAGGUGUUGAUAUCAGCACUUUGCAGGUAAUAAGGAAUGAAGAUCUUGAAGAGCUCAGAGAACUGGGUUCUGGUACAUUUGGAACUGUUUAUCAUGGGAAAUGGAGAGGGACAGAUGUUGCUAUCAAACGGAUAAAGAAAAUUUGCUUCACAGGUCGAUCAUCGGAGCAGGAAAGAUUAACAACUGAGUUUUGGCGGGAAGCUGACAUUCUAUCAAAGCUUCACCAUCCAAAUGUUGUGGCAUUUUAUGGUGUUGUGCAAGAUGGACCUGGAGGAACCUUAGCCACUGUGGCAGAAUUUAUGGUUGAUGGCUCACUAAGGCAUGUUUUGCUCCGCAAGGAUAAGCAUCUUGACCGUCGAAAGCGCCUCAUAAUUGCAAUGGAUGCUGCAUUUGGGAUGGAAUACUUGCACUCAAAGAAUAUUGUGCAUUUUGAUCUGAAAUGUGACAAUUUGCUGGUGAAUUUGAAAGAUCCUUCACGGCCCAUUUGCAAGGUUGGUGAUUUUGGCCUGUCAAAAAUCAAGCGAAAUACCUUGGUUUCUGGUGGAGUAAGGGGAACUUUACCGUGGAUGGCUCCCGAGUUGCUAAAUGGCAGCAGCAAUAAAGUCUCUGAAAAGGUGGAUGUGUUCUCCUUCGGUAUUGUAUUGUGGGAGAUUCUCACUGGGGAGGAACCAUAUGCAAAUAUGCAUUAUGGUGCAAUUAUAGGAGGCAUAGUAAGUAACACAUUGAGGCCGCCCAUACCAAGCUUCUGUGAUCAGGAAUGGCAGAGGCUAAUGGAACAGUGUUGGGCACCCAAUCCGACUGCUAGGCCAUCCUUCACAGAAAUUGCUGCCCGUUUACGAGUCAUGUCUGCAGCGGCAGCAGCAGCAAGCCACGGGAAAGCCCAUGGUCCUAAAGUAUCCAAAUGAUGCCAAUCGUUGAUGGCGGAACAGUAUUUUUUUGCGCUCAUCUGUUCUUGCCUCUAUCCGUCGAAACAGAAAAUUCAUUUAUUCAAACUCAAUUGCAUGGUCUUUGGAGAAAGAUAGCUUGUAUAAUGGAGAAUUUGCUGCUCCAUAUGUUUGGAGUUGGCAAGGACCUUGUUGAAACUGUCAAGACAGAUCUACAUUGACCUUAUGUACAUCAUGGGUGAACAAUCAAUGGUUCUUCCAUGG